AUGGGGGCGGGGUUGGAGGACUUGGGGGCGGGGUUGGAGGACUGGGGGCGGGGCAUCGUGCUGGUGGCCAUCAACCCCUACGAGGAGCUGCCCAUCUAUGGGGACGACGUCAUCUGGGCCUACAGCGGCCACAGCCGGGGCGACAUGGACCCACACAUCUAUGGGGUGGCCGAAGAGGCCUACAGGAGGAUGGCCAGGGAGGGCCGCGAUCAGUCGCUGGUGGUGAGCGGUGAAUCCGGGGCCGGCAAAACCGUGUCGGCCAAAUUCGCCAUGAGGUUCUUCGCCACCGUCGGCGGCGGCUGCGGGGCCGUGGAGAGCAGGGUGCUGGCGGCCGGGCCUGUGCUCGAGGCUCUGGGCAACGCCAAGACGACGCGCAACGACAACAGCAGCCGCUUCGGGAAAUACGUGGAGCUGAGCUUCGACCGCCUGCAGCGCCUGCAGGGCGCCCGCAUCACCACCUUCCUGCUGGAGAAGUCCAGGGUGGUCCUGCAGGCCGAGAAGGAGCGCAACUACCACAUCUUCUACCAGCUCUGCGCCUGCGCCCACCGCCCCCAAUUCCAAAGCCUGGCGUUGGAAGGUUCCGAGGGUUUCUUCUACACCUCCCAAGGAGGGGAGGCCGCCAUCGACGGGGUGGACGACGGCGAGGAGAUGGAAAAGACCCAGAAUGCCUUGGGCACGUUGGGAGUUCCGGAAGCUCAGCAGGCCGCCAUUUUCCGCCUCCUGGCCGCCAUCUUGCAUCUGGGCAACGUGGAAGUGAAGGCCGAACGGGACGGCGAGGCCAGCAGCGUUUCGGACGACGACCCCCACCUGACCCACUUCUGCACCCUGCUGACCCUCGACCCCCCCCCCGUCGCCCAUUGGCUCUGCCACCGUCGCCUGCGGGCCGCCGCUGAAAGCUGCGUGACCAACAUGGCCGCCUCGCAGGUCCUGGCAGCUCGAGACGCUCUGGCCAAAUUCCUUUACGCUCGGCUCUUCCUCUGGGUGUUGGAGAUCCUCAACGGGGCCCUGAGGGGCGCCGAGGAACGGCAGCGAUUCAUCGGGGUGCUGGAUAUCUAUGGCUUCGAGACCUUCGCCACCAACAGCUUUGAGCAGUUCUGCAUUAAUUACGCUAACGAGAAACUCCAGCAGCAGUUCAACGUGCAUGUAUUCAAAUUGGAGCAAGAGGAGUACGUGAAGGAAGGCAUCCCCUGGAGCUUGAUUGAGUUCUGCGAUAAUCAGCCGUGCAUCGACUUAAUUGAGGGCAAAUUGGGCAUCCUGGAUCUGCUGGACGAGGAGUGCAAGGUGGGGAGGAGGUCUUAAUUAACGAUGCUAAUGA